AUGGUUUCUGGAGAGCAAAAGAGAGCAGAACUGCGUGAGCAGCUGCAACUUCUUCGUUCUAUUACUAACUCUCAUGCUCUAAACAAAACCUCGAUCAUAAUAGAUGCAUCAAAGUAUAUCCAAGAGUUGAAGCAAAAGGUAGAAAAAUUGAAUCAAGACGUAACCAAUGCACAAGCUUCAAGCGACCAAAAUACUUUGCCCAUGGUCACAGUAGAAUCCACGGAAAAGGGUUUUCUUAUUAAUGUUUUUUCAUCAAAGAGUUGCCCUGGUCUGUUUGUUUCCAUAUUGGAGUCAUUUGAAGAGAUGAGUCUUAAUGUGCUUGAAGCUAGGGUUACUUGUACGGACACCUUUCGAUUUCAUGCUGUUGGAGGAAAAAACGAAGAACAAGGUGAGAAUAUUGAUGCAAGAGCUGUGAAGCAGGCAAUGGGACAAGCAAUAAAGAACUGGAGCCAAAAUGCUGGCCAAAAGUAA